AUGAUACGGCAGUUAAUAGAAUUGUAUGAAUCCCAUUCCAAUUUGUGGGACUGCUCUUCCGAAAGGUACAAAAACCGAAAUCUGAGGAAAUCAGCUAUGGAUGACAUUGCAAGCAAGUUGGGAGUUUCGGCUCAAGACGUUAAGGAAAAAAUACAUAACCUACGUUGUCAAUUUCAAACCAUAAACAGAAAACGCAAAAAUACCAAAAGUGGCCAGGCAGGGGGAGACAAUUUUGAGGUUAAAUGGGAAUUUUAUGAUGCCUUAAAAUUCAUAGACGGUCCAACCAAUAUUAAUGAAAGAACAAUACUUGAUUCACUGACUAACGAACCACCUACUGUCCUAAGAGAUGACCUAGAUGAAAAUUCUGAGAGUAGCGAAUCUCAUAUUCAAGGUGUUAUAACUGAAGGAAACAAUUCACAAACUCCAAGCACAUCACGUUCUAAUACGCCGCUUCAAACAUCACAUGAUGUCAUACCGAGUUCAUCGUAA